UUGGUGGGGUCUACCGGGAGUCUCUAGAGACGCGCGAAACCGGAGACCUCAGUUGUCACCGCGACACCAGCGGAGCAACGUUGCGUUGUUUAUUCUUCUGCAAAUCGCUCGUAGGAGAUCCGCGUCAGUAGUCGUGAACGUUUCCUUUGAAACUCUACGAAAUAUUCAACAAUCCACUAAAAAUCAAAGAUUUCAUUUAUCGUCAUACCAAAAAUGUAGUGUUUGUUCAUCUAUGAAGAUAAUAAUCGUUGAAGAUCGUCGAACACAUCUAUGUUGAUGAGUUCAUUAAUGGAAUCUUGGAAGUCCAAAAAUCAUCGGAGUUCGUCUGCCAUCGUGGCACUGCAUCAACAACAGUUUACUUUAAGUUACCAGUACUUUCUUUGAUGAUCUUUGUGCAAGAAUUUUGAACGAAUUUCAAGAUACAAAGAAUAUUAACGAGAUUUUUGAAACUGGUUUUUAAUUUGUUAUUAGUGGUGGUAUUUGUUGAUUGGGAUUUAAAUAUAGUCUUCGGUUCUAUACUGGACUUAUUUUGAAGAAGUUAAUCGAACAGCAACUUCGAUCGAUUUUCACUGCAUCCGCCGUGGUAGCCGGCUCCGUUCCACGUGUCUGUUUCCAAUUAACAUUUAUGGACGAUUAAUUUCUAGUUUUCUGGGUAACGAAUGCUCAGCAAUAAUUCGAUUACGGGGAACAGAUCGAGUCGGUAAUUGUUUCUUGCGUUUCUGUUUCGUGGAAGAGCCACGAAGAGUUUGAAGAUCCCUCGAAAGAGUUACGUGCUCAGUGAGUUCGUUUCAGUAUUUUCACUUGAACCGUCGACUACUUGCGUGACCUCGAUAACUUCGUGGGAAUCGAUCAAGCUGGUGAUAUCUUGCGCGUCGACGGAUCUCUCCGUCGUCGAUUAUCAUCGAAGGUCCUACAGGUAUUCACGUUUCAUUUCGUUCUAAUUUUAACGGAGACUGUUUGUUUGACUGUUUCGAGCAGAUCGUUUAGUAUGUCGAGCAGCAUUUAUCAGAUACAAACAUUUUUCACACACACGUUAAGCCGGCUGCGGUACAGUGUCAUCAAAAAUACAUUUAGCUUGUGUGCUAAUGCUGACACGUUGUUGCGUUUAGUUAGUAGGCGAUUAACUCCGUGCGUCUCGUUUCAAAACAAUAUUCGCGUUUCUUAACUAAACUGCUUUGUAAACUAAAAAAUAGUAUUAUUAGAUAAAAAUUUUACUACAUUAAAAUUUGACGAGUAAUUCUGAAUGAAAUGGAAAUUUUUUGUUUAGAACGACUAAACGAAUGCUUUCGUUUACUUACAUUAAUUUUUUCGGUUUAAUAUUUGAUUAAAUUGUGAAAUAUAAUUUGUUGCAUUGAUUAUGGAACAUAAAAAAUAUGAACUAAAUCCGAUCAAUCGCGACGAAUAAAACGUCAAGUCAUCUGGGUGUAAAGGAACGACAUAUUCUUUUGAUUGGUUGUCAGGGUCGUUCAAAGGGGCCCCGUCCGUAGCUGAUUUCGAAUGAAAGGCAUGAAUGGAUUUGACGAAUCUCAUAAUAAGCUUCUGACCACGGCUGUACCGCUCCUAGACGUUCGAUAACGUUCUCGCUCUCGCGCGAUCGUGAACCCUGGGAACGCAUUGUAACUGGAGAAUUUAAUUAGAACAACCGCAGGUCGCGCGUGCCGAACCUUACUCAUGGCGGACAAUGAGAACUGCUAUGAAGUGUCCGGAAUGCUUUGAAUUAUUUGCCCACGUUUCCGCAUUUUGCUUGUGCGAGCCGUAUAAAGUCGACGAAUUACGUGAGAAACGUGAAACAUUAAAAGAACGUUUCUUCUGUUUGUGUUUACAAUGAAAAAUAGUGAAUUGAAUGCUAGCAAAUCGAUACAACAAGAACAAUAAUAAUAAUUCAGGAAUUUAUCAGAAAGUAUGAUACCAUCAAGGUAAACGUUCUAGAGUGAAUUAAGUGCUGGUUACCUCCUUGCGAAAUGGGACAAAUAAAAUAAAUCAUAGUAGAAAGAUAAUUAUAAAAAAAAUCAUACUUUAUUGAAAAAUUAUUAGUGCCAUUGCAAGUAAAAUAAAACGAAAUAAGUGGCAGACGUAACGGUACCAAACGAUAAUCGCAUGAUCGAACCGUUUCGUUCGUUUUAUUAAAAAUGGAUUGGAGAAUGUUUGAACCGCUUAUUUUCUAAUGUUUUUAUCGCAAUACGUUUCACGGUCUGAUUGUGAUUUAUUGUGACAGGAUGUAAAUAAUUACAGUCUUUUCUUUUUCGCUGAUUAAAAAUGCAAAUUUCGAUAUUGCUUCGAUCGUAUCGUUCCAUUCGAGUCGCGAAGUAUGUCUACACACGUAGCAAUUAUAUGAGCGACCCGUUGAAUUUCUAUGAGCGCUGUUGCUAAAUCAAAUUCGCGUUACUGCACGCGAUAGAAUAUUCUUUAACAGGAUCUCCGAAUCCAUUUUUUAUGACGAUACAUAUUAUAAUUGAGUAAUGCGAUUUUAAUUAGCACGCGUCGGCGCGUGGCCAUCUUUGCGUUCGCUAAAAUGGCGGACACCGCUUUCUUCAAAGAUUUCACACUAUAUAAACAUUUCCAAUUAUAAUAUUAUACAAUUUACGUACUAAGUAUUCGAAAGAACCCAUUUAUACUCUAAAAAAGUCCAUGUAUUCAAAUAAACCGGUUUACCAUCGGCAGCCAUCUUAUUUAUAAUCAACAAAAUGUCAGACUCCGCCCUUUUGAGUAAAAAUUAUAAAUAUACAAGCUUAUACAUUAAUAAAUCUUCUACUUCCCAACACAAAACAGUUUACUAUUACUAAAUAACGAUUAAACAACAAAAGCAUUAAUAAAAUUAAAGAUGUGGAAUAAAUUAACAUUUAAAGGAACGAUACUUUUUCCAAAUUUUCUCGUGAUUACACAGUCUAUUAACCAUUUCGUUCCAAAGGUGAUACAGUAAAUAACGAUUAUCGACAAGAAUAUAGCACGAACGAGAUGUCCGCGUGUUAAUAGGAUUAUGGUUUUUAACGAAAUGGACGCAUAAACAGUUCGGCCCGAUAAAAAUGAAACUAAUAAAACGGUUCGGUGAUCUGGUGCAGUCGGCCCGCCCCUUCACGUAUGUUAAUGCAAUUACGUUACGGGGGCUAACAAGUUGCCCCACUUGUUUAACGUAACGACGCGUACGAUCGCAAUUCGAGCCUAUAUCACCGAUUAUCGUUGCACAAAAUCGAUUGCGUGCUUUCUGCCGCGUCUCGAGUAUGUACAAACAGGUUUAUUUAACAAUUGACGCGGUACGCCUGUGAUGCCGUAAACGGAACUCGCGCCCUUUUGCGCAUUCAUCAACAACCGGGCAGCAAUUAAUUUGUUAUUGUUUCGUGGUCACGAGCGUUUUUCCGGUGGUUCGUAACUAUGCUGGUUCAUCCCGGUAUUUUACGAUGAAAAAUGGUGUAUUUCUUUUCGGUUGAUUAUGUAACUUUAUGAAUUUCUGGUCAGUCUCAUAGUUGGCAAGUCUUGGUCUUGGCAAACACGAUUUGGAGUAACCGAAUGAAAACAGUUCGUUCCGUGCCUCGUGACCGAGCAAAUGAUGUGCCACGUCAACACCAGUUUCUGCAUAAUUUGUAAUGAAUGUCAUUAUUGUGAUAAAUAAUUUCUAGAAUUUACUAAAACGUGUGAGCGAUACGUUUGGGAAGAAGUGAUACGAAGUUACUGUGAAAUGACAAGUAAACAAUAAUAAAUUAAAUUACUUGUAACAUGGAACAUUGUAAAAGGUGUACUUUUUCAUGUUAACUAUAGUUUCUACUUGCAAGAAAGUUACAUGUUUACUGUUGUAUCUUAUCUUUCUUUUACGCGCCAGUACGUGCAGACAACGUUGCAAUAAUUGCAUGUUUAACAUUAACAUUACGCGAGUGGUAGACGAAUAAGUGAAAACAACGAUAGUGUCUUCGCUCAAGUCUAGCCUCAUUCUUAGUUCUUUUGUUUUGAGGUGAACCAACUAAUGUGAAAUUCACAGCUGAGUUUUCCAAGAUUUGUACUUUUGCAUUUCAUCGAAAUUUCAUAGUUUACGAUCCUAUAUUAAACAAUAUUUAUGUUGCUAUAUUUUCAUUCGUCCUACAGUAAACUGGUUUACGGGGUGACGGAUGACGUCGGCACGUGACUCGCCACGUGGACGGGACACCGGAGAAAUCGAGGAACAAGGAUCCACACGAGUGUUUCCUUGCUCUCAGAGUGACGGAGAAUCCGACGCGUGACUUACGACACGUCGCUAGAGAUUAACAGGAAAUUUCCCCGCCGUCACGAAGUCACGCACGUUUCGGGGAGUGCGGGGUGGUCCGUGAGUCACCGGGGCCCGCGAGAAGUUCGCAGGUGUGCUUCCGGGAAGUUGAAGAUUUGCGAUCGAAGAGCAACCGUAGUUUCUCUGGCAGUCGCGAGACGAAAUCUUGAUACGAGCUGACGCGGGAAACCAGAUAGAUGACGACCUUGACUUAAACGCAAAAAGUAUUUGUCCGCGGUCACCUCGCGACACCGCGAUCGCCGGAAGUGGAGAAGAAGGAAGAAACGCAGGAUGCCGGGAGAGGUGCGCGCGCAGCCCUUAAGCACGACGAUGUACGGUGGUAGCACGAUGCAACCGGAGGAGGAGAUUCAGUACGCGCCAAGGAGCCGUCCUGUUAGCUUUUAUGACAAUUUUAAGGACGUGCCGAUGGUGGCACCUUGCGUGACAUCCGCUCUGAGCGCCGACAAUUUGAAUCAGGUUCGUGACAACAAUAUCGACACGUCGAUGGCUGCAACCAACAACAACAAUAACAAUAACAACAGAGUCAGCAGCGCGGUUAGUGCUGGCAAUGUCUCGAAAAUCCAUAGCGUGAAAGUGACAGGUGCGGUGUCGACGGGAAACAUUGGCAGGAUUUAUCGGCCAGAGAAGGACAAAGAGCUCGGUCGGGCGCCGUCGAUGGCCAAUUGUCUGUCAACCACGGUUCCCGUGAAUUUGGCAGCUUCGCAGAUUGCCGGCCGGCAUACACCGACGAGGAAUUCCCUCAGGCACAGCAGGAUGAUCGUGUUGCAUCGGAGCGGUCAGCGACCACAAAAGUUCUUACCACCGUUGGUGUAUCACUGGCGGUUAGGACGAUGUUUGGCGGCACUACAAACGAUCCUCGGUAUCGCGAUCACAGCACUCUCGCUAUGGUUACUACUUUGGGCGCCUCAUCUGCCUGUCGCUGAUAAUCCUUACUGGAGCGGCAUGCCGCUGUUACUCUCGGGAAGCUUCGGAAUUUGUCUGCUGUGUUGUUUCAAGAAGGAAUAUCCAGGAAUGAGUCCUGGUUUCUGCCUUUCGUCUACUAAGGUGAUCAGCGUGUUCCUCGCGACCCUGGCGACAGCUACCUGCGCCGUGGCCUGCGUCUUUUCAGCGAUGCACCUGGCGCGUCUCAUGGGGCUGGAGUGCAACCCAGCGCGCGUGUUGAACGCCACCUGCGUUUGCAGACCUCGUGUGGACGUAACAAACUCCACCGAGUCAGCGGUCAGGUACAUGGACCUAAACUGUCCAGAAGUGGAAAGCAUUUUGACCAUUCUGCUGAUAUUCUCGUGUACCUGCAAUGCGCUCGGCACUUUUGUGGCCGGCUGGUACACGUACCUUCACUGGAGUACCAGGAACAAGCGGCCGAAGUACAUGCAGGUUCGGACCAAUCCCAAUGUCGCCACUAACUACCUCAAUAGCCGGCCGAUAUACAACCCGAACUUGAACGAACGAUGACGAAACCCGUCUGAAACGGAAAGACACACCUCUUAUCUUCGAUAUUCGUCGUUGACAAUAGACGAUGGGACAAUCUAACUCGAUUCUGAAAUCAGUGCUGUUGGUAAACGGCUUUCACAGUAGGUCGAAGAAGAUCAUGGACUUCUUUCGUUGUUCAGAGAUAAAUGAGACUGUUGUACAGAGUGAAUAAUAAGUCUGACUAUUUGGAAUGUCUCCACUAUUUUUAGAGGUAUAUCAUGUUUUUAUUGGCAAAAAUAAUAAAGUACAACAUUCCAGUGAUUAUAUUCUUUGUGAUUGAAGGUUUCCAGGAAAUUCCAAGGUCAUUUCUGGAACUCGUUGAUUUGCAGACUUUUAGAUUUAAUAUAAUUACUUUCUGACAGUUUAUGUUAAUUUUGAUCGAUAAUGAUAUGAGUAAUUAUUUGCUCUGAUUGAAUUACGCAUGCUGUUUCAUUUCCUCAUUUUGAAUUCCUAAUUUUAACCUGUCUAUAGUAUAUCUAUUUUUCUGAGAAUAAUAUGACACGGUGCAUAACACGUGUUCAUAAAUCUACCGUUAAAUAACGUAAUGACCUUUUAUCCUUCAUAGGAUAAUAACUAUUUAGAUGAUUUGAAUAAUCUGUAAUGUGAAACUUGUUACGUCAUAAGUAGACUUCAUCAGUUCCGCGAUUGCUUCAUUUAAUGUCAAAUGAUUUCAUAUUAUAGGAUAUCAAACUCGAUUAAAUGUUUGCUAUCUUAGCAAAGACAAAGAGUUACAAUAUGUCUUUUGAAAAUUAGAAAUCACCUUGAAAUCUCUGUAAAAAAACACUAAACCUUAGAAUUUUAUAGCUUCUAUAUAAUUCAUACAAAAUUUCCUCGUAUCUCUAAAAAUAAUAGGGACAUGCCAGGUGGUCAAAAUUAUUGCUCAACCUUGCGCGCUACAUUUGUGUCAAGAUAGUCUCUCUGUGCAGCUGCAGACGACCGUAACGUUAUAAAAGCGUUGCGCAAGUGCUUGUUUUCCGAGUACAUUUGAAAGUGACGACACAGCGAGGAUACUAACCGCGACGAAUCUAAAUCGACCAAAUGGCGUUUGGUCCAAGAUCAUUGUCAGCGUUUUAGAAAACAGCGUUUUUGAUCUAACGGUGGAAUCAAUUAGAAAGUGUCUGCUUUGCACAGUUCUGGUCCUGAUAUCAUUUCUCAUGAAAAUUGCGUGUCAAAAAACAAGAGCGAUGAGCUUAAGCUAGAACUUAGGAUCUAGGGCAGCGGCCGGAAGUGGAAGCGCGCGCGAACUAGUCCCGAUUCAUAAGUAGAGUUUGUGGAUUAAAGUGACGACUGUGUUUUGUAAAAAUGGCAGCACAAAGGGGAGCGUGGAUAUUAUUAAACUUUUUGUAUAAACACGCCAGAAAGUAAUAGGAAUUAAUUGUCGAAAUGUGUUCUAAAUAUUUAUUGUAAUAUAAACAACGCAUGCUAUAAUAACUAAUUAGUUGAUACACGUGUCGAUAGAAUUAUCGAUCGUAAUUGCAUUUAACGACGGAGCGCAGUUGAGUUUUUAAGGCUUAUGUAAUCGCUAACUUUUUUGUAACACUUCCCGUGACACGUUUUUUUGGAUGUUCCGUUAACGUGAUGAGUGUAUAAGUUUCUAAGCAUGCGUAUCGUUGAAUUCUGUAUUAUUUAAGUAAAAAUUCGUUUUCGCAUCGGGAAACUAUUCGAUCCGAGCACUGUCAUCGAUUUUCUAAGAUGAGACGAUCGUUUUCUGUAAUGAUUCAUUAGCAUUGAGUUUCGAUUAUUCAUCGCGACGAAAAAAAAUACGAGAAACUGGUAGAAAAUAAUAAUUGAACGGACAACGGGUCACUCCGCGUGCAAUUAAUUUCCACGUGGGUCGUCAGUAUUUUAGUUGUAAUUAAAGGGCCUUUCGACUUUGCGAAUCGAGAGGAGAAUCGGCUCCUGAAUUUUUCUCUUAAAAUUUGAGAAAUAAAUUUCAAUUUCUUAAAUUUUAGCGGAAAAUCCCAAAUCUAACAAAAACGAUUUUCCAAAGACGCAAGGCCCGUCUUGCGAGUGUACGUCCACAUGACAAGCGUGAAAAUUUUUUCUAACGUUUCGCGGCACUCAAUGAGAGAACGUGUCUUCGAUUUUAUACCUCAAUAUAGAAAAUCUGUAAGAAGCGCUAGUUUUUAAGAUUUUUCAAUCGACGAACCGCGACUAUGCAACGUGAAAUGGAAUGUGACGCGGAUGAAGAAAGAAUCAAUCAUGUCAGUAUUAAAACCACGAGGAUGGAGGAAAACAAACUUUGAGCCUUUUUCUUUUCUUUUUCCUAUUUUCUUUUAAUGCGUUUAUUUCGCACGACUAGGGUCGUGAUUCU